AACAAGGUAGUGCAACAACAUUAAAAUGAAUAUUGGAAAUAUAUUUACGUUCAGCAAUUCAGAAUUGGUGUUUUUUCUGCAAAAGAUUGGACAACAUGAAGCUUCAAAAGUUACACAAAAAUAUAACAUGGAUGGGAAAAUGUUUUUGUCAUUCAGCAAAAUUCAAAGCCAGAGAGGAUUCACGGAUGUAGAGAAACAGAUUUUAUGGCGCUGUAUCCGCUUAAUACAGAUGAAUCCACUUUCAAGUGUUACGAUAUCACCAACUAAGGAAGAAAAUAAUUUUUCAGAGAACGCAGGUAACCAACUGAAUGAUAAACUAAAUAAUUUGCCAGAUCAGAGGACACAGGGCCCAUUUAAUGAUAAAGCAGAUCCGUAUGUUAAAUUUGAAAAUAUUCCAGGACAUAGCAGAAAGAAUUAUAGUUCAACGAAUUUUAGUAGAAUUAAAUCAGAAUUUACAUUUAAGCAUUUACCCGAAUAUGCAGAAUGCUGUAAUCGAUCCUUAAAUAGUAAACCCAGACUUUCAACUACCUCAUCGGGAUAUAUGCGUCCUAAUACAACGAUAUUUCUACCACGACAUGAGCAAAUCACAGUUGAUCGUAUUAAAAAAUAUGCAAGUUCCGAAAUAAUUAAUACUAGUCAAGAAAAUGCUUAUGACGCAAUCAUACCUCCAAGAAUUAUUAUACAUACUGAAGAAGGCAACAAUCAAAACCAAAGCAAUAAAAGUAAUUCCGUUUGGUGUGAUUUUCUUUUAAGUAUAUGCUGUAUUUCUUGCUCCGUUAUAUGUAAGAGAACAAAAUAA